ACAGCAAGAUGCGAAUGAUGUCAUACGAGGAAUAUUCCGGGACUGGUGAUUAAAGAAAGUCGCGGCUGGCAGAAUAGUCCGUGCUCAGUGAUAGAAGACGAUCGUCAUGCGCGGAAUAUUCUGCUUACAGAUGCAAAUGGAUUAAUACUUUAAAAUACAAUGCAGAACUUUAUUAGGUAUAAAAACUUAAUAGCAAGCAUGUAGCUAUGACGUGUAUUGUAAACUCGGCAUAAGCUUCAAUACGAUCUCACAGAAUGACGACAUCGUAGCGACGUCAAUUGACUGUAGAGGGAUUACACUGAAAUUCAAUUCCUUUAAACUUGCUGUAACUAUUGUUUUUCUUUACACCCGCGACUAUGAGUUGUGGAUUCGUUACUUGUGGCCCAAACGAGGCUCUUGUAGUAUCAGGAUGUUGCUACAGCAAGCCUCUACUAGUACCUGGUGGUCGAGUAUUUGUUUGGCCUAUUGUCCAACAAGUACAAAAAAUUUCAUUGAAUACUAUGACUUUACAAGUAGAAAGUCCAACUGUGUAUACAUGUCAAGGUGUACCAAUAUCUGUAACAGGAAUUGCACAGGUCAAAAUACAAGGCCAAAAUGAGGAAAUGUUAUCCACAGCAUGUGAACAGUUUCUUGGGAAAACUGAAGAAGAAAUUCAUAAUAUUGCACUUGUAACAUUAGAAGGACAUCAACGGGCCAUAAUGGGAAGCAUGACUGUAGAGGAAAUAUACAAGGACCGUAAAAAAUUCAGCAAGGAGGUUUUUGAAGUAGCAAGCAGUGAUCUAGUCAAUAUGGGCAUUACUGUUGUGUCCUAUACAUUAAAAGAUAUUCGAGAUGAAGAAGGGGCAAAGGGAUAUCUGAAAGCUCUUGGUAUGGCAAGAACAGCCGAGGUGAAACGUGAUGCAAGAAUCGGUGAAGCAGAAGCUCGCAGAGAUGCUCAAAUUCGCGAAGCCAUCGCUGAAGAACAAAGAAUGGCUGCUCGUUUCCUUAAUGAUACCGAGAUUGCUAAAGCGCAGCGUGAUUUUGAAUUAAAGAAAGCCGCAUAUGACGUUGAAGUGCAAACCAAAAAAGCAGAAGCAGAGAUGGCAUUUGAAUUGCAAGCUGCAAAAACUAAGCAAAGGAUUAUGGAAGAACAAAUGCAAAUAAAAGUGGUUGAACGUGGACAAGAAAUUGCAGUACAAGAACAAGAAAUGAUGAGACGCGAACGAGAAUUAGAUGCAACUGUACGACGCCCAGCUGAUGCAGAAAAAUAUAGAUUAGAAAAAAUGGCUGAAGCUAAUAAACUGCGUUUAAUAAUGGAAGCUGAAGCCGAAGCAAAAGCCAUCAAAAUUCGUGGUGAAGCAGAAGCCUUUGCCAUUGAUGCAAAGGCUAAAGCAGAAGCAGAACAAAUGGCAAUGAAAGCAGCUGCAUGGAAUGAAUACAAGAGUGCUGCUAUGAUAGACAUGAUGUUAGAUACUCUUCCAAAGGUUGCUGCCGAAGUUGCAGCACCUUUGUCACAAGCCAAAAAGAUAACGAUGGUUUCUAGUGGAAGUGGAACUAUUGGAGCAGAAAAGCUAACCGAAGAAGUGUUUAAUAUAGUGACGCGUGUACCGGAUUUGGUUAAAAAUUUAACAGGCGUGGAUAUUGCAAAGUCUGUUCAUGCGGCUUAAUCGAAUGAUACAAGAGUUUUUAAUACUUCCUGACCACAUUCAUACUCGUAUUAUUAAGUAUUAAACGAGUCUUUGAUAUACACGUUUAUUUUAAUAUGCUGUUGCAUAUUAGAGUCAAAUUAUAAGUUUUAACUUUAGUAACAUUUCGUUGGAUAAAACGUUCGGUACUUUCACUGCCAGUUAAUUGAAGAUAACAAAUCACUUUCUAUUAAUAUAAAUUGUGAAUGAAUAUUUUACAAGGAAAUAUAUUAAAAAUGGUAUACAUUUUUAAAAAUAGAUUAUAAAUUGUGAAUAUAUUCGCACAACAUCCGUAUCUCAUUACUUGAACGAUAUACAAUAGAGAGCAAUGAAUGCCUAAGUUAUACAGGCAGUGAAUGUGUGUUUUAUUUAAUGGAUAUUGGAAACUCAUAGUACAAUUUUUAUUUUUAUUUGACGAAAUAAGUUAAAGUUGUAUCAAAUUUCUAUGUUUAUUAUUUCUAAUUAGUCUUUUAUGCACUUAGGAGAAAAAAGAAACAAAUACAAAUAUAUCUUUUUGAAUCUCAUAUUGACCAAAGAUGGUCCAGUUUUGUCCAUACAUAUAUAACUUUGCCACUAUGUGCCAGAACAUUCCUCUAAAUAUGCCAUACAUACCUUUCAGUAGUAUUAAUGUAAUUAAUGGGUAUGAGCAUUUUAGAACUGGAAGUGCUAAUAUUUAACACUUGUUCAAUGUGGUUUGAUGUUAAGUAACUAUAUCUAGUCCCUGAAAUUUAAAUGCCUUUACCUAAUGUUUAGUUAUACUUCUUAUUUUCCUUUAAAGAUGCAUUAAUAUAUUUUGCGCCAAUUUUAGUUAGAAUUUACUGUGAUCUAAAACUCUUUGUAUCAAGAAGAAUGAUAGUCAUAUAUAGUUCUUGAAACGUGUUUGAGAGCUUUGAUGACAAAAUUUGUAUGACCAAUUUAACGCCUUAAAUUAAUGAAAAGAAGAUUCAAUUUUAUGUAAAGCGAUUAAACGUUAAAACCAAA